AUCGCGCGUCGGGAGAUGCCAGCUGUGCGAACUCGAACUCGGGUGCCUAACUUUCACCGCGGGCGGGCUCCUGCCUGUCCGCGCCGUCCACACCGUCCACGCCGUCCACGGGCAGGUGCUAAUGGAAGCUCACGAACGUCCGCGAGGUGCGCGUCUUCGUCGUGCACGUCGCCGCGACGCGCGCGCGGUCGUCCCUUGUCGCGGAGCGAGGAUCUGAGAGAGGACGAACGCAGGAGGAAAAAACUUUCUCAAGUUCCGGACUCGCGGAAGGCUCCGGACUGCGCCCGUCGCGAGCCCGCGCGAGCGGUUAAAAACGCCUGAAACGUGUCGCGGGACCGAAACACGUCGCGCAGAAAUCGAAACACGCGCGAGCGAGGGCGAUGUGGAUGUUCCCGAGCGAGCCCGGAGUCGGCCGUGCGUCGUCGCGCCCGAACCAUCGGCAUCUCGCGAAAAGUGCGCUGCCGCGAGAGAUGCGAUUGCUCAUUUUCCGCGAGAGAGGGAACGAACCGGACACGAGCGCGCGCGUGUCGAGCGAAACGCGCUCUGAAGCCGUGUGCGCACCUUCGGAGUCCCAGUCUUCGCUGCCUUGAGAAUCUCUACUCAGCGCGUGCGGUGGGGUGGCGCGCGCGGAGUGCUGAUGGACGCUCGCGUGAGACGGCUCAGAAAGCGUUUCCCUGCCGUGUCGGUCCGAAAAUCACGAGAUCGCGAGCGACAGCUGUCAGUCAGGUCGACCGAAACUUCCCUGUCUCCUUCCCUGAAUCGUCGCACCGGCUGCGUGGCCCUCGGGAUCGGCUGGACCCAGAACUUCGAUCAUCAGUCUGUUCCGUCUGCAUCACUCAAAUUACACCGUCCCGCCUCUUAUCUACCGCGUCGGGCUCCCCACGUCUUAUAUCGCUCGCGUUAUGACUUGACAAACUACUCGGGCGUGUGCGUGUCUGAUUGUUUUUUUGUGCGGGUGACUCUAACUCGUGGACGUUCGCUCUCGCCGUCCUCGCGCUCGUCCCCGCGGACGUCGCGGCGACGAUGAAGAACGAGCCGCACCCGCACCUGGGGAUGCUGUGGGACCUGACGUACUGGACGACGUUCGCGCUCACGUGGUUCUUGCUGCCGAUACACCAGAUGUACGAGGACGCCGCGGACUUCAGCGUGAUCGGACGGCUGAAGACGUCGCUGCGGGAAAAUUUGAUCUUCUACGGCGUCAUCCUCUCCGUGAUCGUCUUCGGCGUCGUGAUCCUCGUGGCGUACGGCACGCUCACGACCGCGGGUCUGAGCGGGUUCGGCAUCGUCGUCUCCAACAUGUUCGGCAUCGUCACCGGGGUGUUCCUGUUAGGGUACGGCCUGGUCGAGAUCCCGCGGAGCAUGUGGCGGAGCGCAGACGUCGAGACGCGGCCGCGACGCGCCGCGCGACGCGUCGGCGUCGCCGCGGAGGCGCUCAAGAACGCGCACCACAAGCUCCGCAAGAUCACGCGCGCGAGCGAGACGACGCAGGAGGUGAUGCCCAGGCUGCACCCGCUCAGGUGGGCGAUGAAGACGAUCGCGAACGAGACGCCGAAGGCGAGCGUCUUCGCGUCGGCGUCGGACGCGUUGGCGUCGGCGGGCGCGUACGAGGACGAGACGGCUCCGGAGGAGGAGGACGACUUUCUCGAUUACGAUUACGACGAGAUCAAGGACCUGGUGCGGCUCCGCAGGGCGCUGCACCGGUGCUUGAGGGUGUAUCGGAGGACCGCGGCGCAGUACGCGACGUGCGUGAUGCAGGCGUUGGAGGCGGAGGCUGUGGCCACGGCGGCGGCGAUCGACGGCAAGUCGUGCUUGAUGGGCGGCGGCGGCGGCGGCGGCGAAGCGCGGUUUCGGUCGCCGUUUCGCCCGCCGCGGAACACGAAGUUUGGCGAGACGGCGGAGAAGAUCGAGUGGUGGUGGAAGUGCCGCGCGCAGCCGCUCGCGCUGCGCGUCGCGUCGGUCUUAUUCGGCGUGUUCUCAGCGCUCGUGGUCUGGUCCGAGUGCACGAUGUGGACGACGCAGGCGAUGAACCUCUCGGACGUCUCCCCGUUCAGCGCUCUGGUCAGGACCGCGGCGUCGUCCGGGUCCGAGGGCGGCAUCCACGUCGCGGUGAUGAUCCCGCUGGGGUACAUGGUCUACUGCGCGCAGUACUCGCUGUUCCGACUCGGAAUGUUUUCGUUUUAUCAGCUCGUCCCGCGGCACACGGAUUCGUUUUCGCUCCUCUUGAACGCGGCGCUGACGUGUCGGUACUCCGCGCCGCUGUCUCUGAACUUCAUCAUGCUCGUGCACUCGCUUCAAGAGACGGGACGAGAGACGACGUUCACGUCUAAGAUGUACGAGAACGUCCCCGUCGCGGCGCAGCACUUCGCGGCGUAUUUCCCGAUGGUUCUCGGGGUGUACUGCGCCGCGAUUUUGUUUGGCUUUUUCGACAAGCUCACGGCGUCGUGCUGCUCGUGCCUCCCCGGGUUCAGAGGCGCGAAGCUCGGGGAUAAGUACACGUUCGAGAGCGACGAUAAAGACCUCGAGAUGGACCUCCACGUCAGCGAGGGCCGAAGGGUCGUGGAGAGGGAGCGCGCGUCGUUCGCCGCCGUGGAGGGCCACGGCGUCGUCGGCGCGGGAUGUCCGUACUACUACGACUUGAGGAAGCGCGACAUCGGGACCGGGAGCGACGACUCGGGCUCGGGCGCGGCGGACGACAUCGAGUCAAACGAUCGCGUCGGAUUAUUAGGGAACAGGACGCGCUCGGACGAGUCUCGAGAUCGGCGGUGGGAGCGCACGAAGGAGCGCCUCGGGGACGCGGUCGCGACGAGCGGGAGGGGGGGGUCCCGCGGGGGAGGGAGGACGGGAGCGCCGCCGUCCGAGGACGCGCCGAGGUCGUUCGCGUCGCGGUUCGGGUUGGGCGGCGGGAAGACGGAGAAGAAGAAACCCGGCGGACGCGGCGGCGGGGGGUCCAACUUGGAUAGCACGUUCGCGUCGCUCUCGCGGAAGUUUUUACCCGCCGACAAAAUGCAUUUGGAUGCCACAACGAUGGCGAGCGCCGCCGCCGUCGCGGGCCGCCGCCCGGAGGUCCCGCGGCCGCCGCGCCACGACCGCGCGAGCACGCACCGUCGCGCGGGCACGAGCGCGCCGAGACGCGCGACGCUCCGUCCUCGACGCGCGACGCGGGUCGUCAGAUCCGACGCGCGGGUCGACGACGACGAUUACGGCUACCGCGACGACGGAUGGGAUGACGCGCGCGACGACGGACGGGACGCGCGCGACGACGCGUUUGGACGACGCGGCUACGCGCCGACGUACGAGGACGACGCGUACGCGUACGACAGACCGCCGCGACCGCGAGGAGGAGGCUUCGACGACGCGUCGUACUACCCCCGCGACGAAGGCCGCGCGCGCGCGAACGGCAACGGCCCGCCCCCGGACGUGACGCUCCUGACGCAGCGCGAGAUUCAGUCCCUCCUCCCCAUCGGCGCGACCGGGGAGCAGUACGCGUACUUCUGGGGCGGCGCGGAGACCGCGACGCAGCGCGUCGGCGUCUCCCUCCUCGGCCUCGUCGCGACCGUCAACGUCACCGCGCUCCUCGCCGUGCCGGCGGCGACGUUUUUCCUCUGGGCCCCCGUCGCGCUCGCGGCGCGGCGCAACUCCGCGGCGAGGCGAAGCCGACGGCUCGGGAUGUGGCGCGCGCGCGUCCUGCGCGCGACCCCGCGUGAGAUGGGGCCAUCGUCCGGGUACUACGACGCGAUGACGCGCGGAGGAGGAGGAGGAGGAGUGGGAGGGGGAAGGGGGAGAGACGGCGCGGGCGCGACGGCGUGGGCGCUGGAACUCGUCGUCGGCGACGCGAGCGGCGCGCGCGUGACGCUCAGGCGCGUUCUAUACACUGGUCCCCAUACGACCGCGUCGGCGUGGUGA